AUGGCUCAAGUAGCUCAAUUAGGUAAAUUGCCUCGUCAAAUCCUUCUGGCAUUCCGAGUCCUUCCUUCCGACAGGAAAAGUCCUUCCUUCCAACAGAAAAAGUUCUUCCUUCCAACAGAAAAAGUUCUUCCUUCCAACAGGAAAAAAAUUUCCUUCCGACAGGAAAAAAUUUUCCAGUUGUCCGUCCGUAAACCAUUCAAAUUUUCGAAAAUUGAGAACUUUUUGGUCGAACUUCAGGAAAAGUUUUUCCUUCCAACAGGAAAAAUUUUUCCUUCCAACAGGAAAAGUUCUUCCUUCCAACAGGACACAAACGAAUGUCUCACGUCCCUCUUCCUGAAUGCCUUCCAAAGCCAGAAGAACCGACAGCCCCAGCACCACAACAGACUUACUAAGACUAAACACUUAGAUUUUUCAAGCUUGACUUUUUACAAUUUGAACUUUGUUUGCGUAGAUAUGAAUUCUGAAAGAAGUAUGAGGGUCUUGUAUGACUUUGUACUUCUCCCAUAG